UGAAGGCACUGAUUCAUUAACCUAGUUGGAAAUGGAUGAAGCCUCAAAUGAUGACAUGGAUGAAGAUGAUGAUGAUGAUGAUGAUGAUGAAGAGUUGGAACCUUCCUGUUGCUUUAUGUGUGAUUUAAAACAUGAUAACAUACAAAGCUGCAUGGUUCACAUGCACAAGCAACAUGUAUUUUUCAUCCCCGAUAUUGAGUAUCUAAAGGAUCCCAAGGGCCUCCUUACUUAUCUUGGGCUUAAGGUUAAAAGGGAUUUCAUGUGCUUGUAUUGCAAUGACAGGUGCCAUUUCUUCAAUAGCUUAGAAGCAGUGAGGAAGCAUAUGGAUAUAUACAUAUAA